UCUCUUCCGUCAGCAGCGGAAUACCGGAGCUCUUCUGUCGGUGCCGUCGGUGGAAAACAACGUGUCCGACAUCAUGGCGCUUUAUAACUUCAAGAAAAUCAUGGUAGUUCCCACCGCAAAGGAUUUCAUUGACAUCACUUUAUCCAAAACCCAAAGAAAAACUCCCACAGUGAUCCACAAACAUUACCAGAUCCACCGCAUCCGACACUUCUACAUGCGGAAGGUGAAGUUCACGCAGCAGAACUACCACGACCGGCUCACGCAGAUCCUCACCGACUUCCCCAAACUGGAUGACAUCCAUCCGUUCUACGCCGAUCUGAUGAACGUUCUGUACGACAAAGACCAUUACAAGCUGGCGCUGGGGCAGCUCAACAUCGCCAAGAAUCUCAUCGACAACGUCGCUAAGGACUACGUGCGUCUGAUGAAGUACGGAGAUUCGCUGUAUCGCUGUAAGCAGCUGAAGAGAGCAGCUCUGGGUCGGAUGUGCACCAUCCUGAAGCGACAGAAGUCCAGUCUGGAGUAUCUGGAACAAGUCCGCCAGCAUCUGUCCCGUCUGCCGAGCAUCGACCCCAACACCAGGACGCUGCUGCUGUGUGGAUACCCCAACGUGGGCAAGUCCAGCUUCAUCAACAAGGUGACCAGAGCAGACGUGGACGUGCAGCCGUACGCCUUCACCACCAAGUCUCUGUUUGUGGGUCACAUGGACUACAGGUAUCUCCGCUGGCAGGUGGUGGACACUCCUGGGAUCCUGGACCAUCCUCUGGAGGACAGGAACACCAUUGAGAUGCAGGCCAUCACGGCUCUGGCUCACCUGCGAGCGGCGGUUCUUUACGUCAUGGACGCCUCUGAGCAGUGUGGCCACACCCUGCAGGAGCAGCUGGAGCUGUUCAGCAACAUCCGGCCGCUGUUCGCCAACAAGCCGCUCAUCAUCGUGGCCAACAAGUGUGACGUGAAGAAGCUGAGCGAGCUGUCUGAGGAGAAGCAGAAAAUCUUUGCAGAUCUUUCUGCCGAGGGAAUCCAGGUGAUCGAGACGAGCACGCUGACGGAGGAGGGAGUGAUGCAGGUGAAAGCCGAGGCCUGCGACCAGCUGCUGGCUCAUCGCGUCAACACCAAGAUGAAGGGCAAGAAGGUCCACGACGUCCUGAACCGGCUGCACCUGGCCAUGCCGGCCAAACGGGACGAGAAGGAAAGGCCUCCGUUCAUCCCAGAGGGAGCCGCCCUGCGAAGGAAAGCCAUGGAGGUGGACGCACCCAAACGCAAACUGGAGAGAGAUCUGGAGGUGGAGCUGGGUGACGACUACGUUCUGGAUCUGCAGAAGUACUGGGACCUGAUGAACGAGGACGAGAAGCACGAUAAGAUCCCUGAAGUGUGGGAAGGCCACAACAUCGCAGACUACAUCGACCCCGACAUCAUGAAGAAACUGGAGGAGCUGGAGAAGGAGGAGGAGCUGAAGGAGCGAGCCGGCGAGUACGACUCUGAUGACGACAGCGAUGACGAAGAGAUGCAGGAGAUCAGAGUUCUGGCCAAACAGAUCCGCGAGAAGAAGCAGCUCCUGGUGAUGGAGUCGAAGGAGAAGGACGUUCACGGACCUCGUAUGCCCAGGACGGCCACCAAGGUUGAAAGGAAGCAGCUGGAGAAGGAGAUGGGGAACCUCGGCCUGGACAUGAGCGACAAGGACGAUAGCCACUACGCUCAGCAGGCCAGACGCUCUCGCAGCGUCGCUGUCAAACGGAAACGGGAAUCUUCAGCUGCUCCCACCUCCAGGACUCGCAGCCAGAGCGCCUCCCGUCCACCGAGAGACCAGUCGGGUCUACGAGAUCCAAAGAUGGCGAAGAAGGCGAAGAAGAUGAUGAAGAACUCCCAGAAAGGCAUGAACCGCCAGGGCAGGAAGGGAGAGUCGGACCGGCACGUGUUCGACCUCAAACCCAAACACCUGCUGGCUGGAAAGAGGAAGUCCGGCACCACAGAUCGCAGAUGAACCCAAUUUCUGGGACUCUUCAUAUGAAACGUUCCCCAAACCAUCUAACCGCUUCGUAAUGAUCCGAAUGUUUGGUCUUUUAUGGAUUAACUUUUUCCUGCUUAACGUCUUCUGUUUGUCUACUUCAUGCAGUCACUGAUCUGUAGAACGUCUCAUGACUUUUACUCUCAGCAGCAGUGAACUUUUCUGUCUCACAUCCUGUCUGUGGCUCCAGAACCGUUGAGUUUAUUCUGGAUAACAUGAUGAUGUUUCUUUUCUAAAAGAAGAAAUGUUAAAGAACAAAGGAGGUGAAUAAAUCUAUAACUAACCUGAA